AUGAACCAAUUCAAGGAACUCAUUCGGGAGCGUACUCCAUCUCCGGCUCCAGCUCCGGCUCCAGCUCCCAUGCUUCUUGGGCCGUGGCAACCACCAACACAAGCACAAGGAACACCAUUGCCAUGGUACCCUCCAGCAUAUACGCAACAAUAUCCAUACUACAUGUAUCCUCCCCAGCAACCGCUUGUAUGGCACCCCCAAGCUUGCGUCCAAGUUCAACCGGCAGUAUCUCCAAUUUCUGCCUGGCUUCAGGAAGUUCUUCACAUUCCAUACUCAGAUGACAAAGAUCUCAAGCAAGUCUCAAAUGAGAAAUAUGUCAUUUCUUUACGACAUCGUGUCCGCGCGGAGCAGGUUAUGAGUACGUCAGAGUUUAGGGACUGGGCGAGUAAAGCAGAAUCGAAGGAACUGCUCGUAGAGGGCAACUUUGGGUACGACAAUUGCCAUUACAUAUCGGCGCUCUCGCUCCUGUGCGCCACUUUGACUCAGGCUUUCCGCAAAAGAGAGGGAUACAUAUCAACGGUAUUCUUCUGCGGUUGCCAUGGCAAAGAUGACCAAGAUAAUGAUGAUGAAGAUGUUGGAGGUGUGGCAAUAAUGAAAAGUAUGAUCUUGCAGCUAUUGAAGCAACAUUAUUCUUUUGAUUUGACAGGUAUAGAAAAGGAUAUCAAGCUUGAUUCUUUGAAAGAUGGGGAUAUUGACCAACUGUGUGGUCUGUUUGUUUGGCUAGUCAAACGACUCCCAAGAGAUUUAAUACUGGUGUGUAUUAUCGAUGGAGCGGUGCAUUUUGAGAUCGACGCCUUUGAAGAUGGGCUGCAGAAAGUGAUCAAGUGCCUUCUCAGCCUCUCCAAGGAUAACACAGUACCGAUUCCAGUUAAAGUUCUUGUUACAAGCCCGAUUCCAAUAGAAAAAACCGCGUACCUGUUUCGUGGGGAAGGAGAUGAAGAUGAUAGCCGCUUCAUAUCUUUGGAGUCGUUUCCUGAGAUCAACUAUAUAUCCGGCGCGAUAGAAUCUGACAGAGAGAUGAACGAACAGUUGGACGCUUACGAAGGCAAUGAUGAGUAG